UCCGCUCUCUUGGCCCGUGCUGGGGCUGCGUGGUGGAUCCAGCAAGAUGCCGACCGGCGACUUUGAUUCGAAGCCCAGCUGGGCCGACCAGGUGGAAGAGGAGGGAGAGGAUGAUAAGUGUGUCACCAGCGAGCUUCUCAAAGGAAUCCCUUUGGCCACCGGCGACACCAGCCCUGAGCCUGAGCUGGUACCUGGAGCACCACUGCCACCUCCCAAGGAGGUCAUCAAUGGAGACAUAAAGACAGUGACAGAGUACAAGAUAGAUGAGGAUGGCAAGAAGUUCAAGAUUGUCCGCACCUUUAGAAUUGAAACCCGGAAGGCGUCCAAAGCUGUUGCAAGAAGGAAGAACUGGAAGAAGUUUGGAAAUUCGGAGUUUGACCCUCCAGGGCCCAAUGUGGCCACCACCACAGUCAGCGAUGACGUCUCCAUGACAUUCAUCACCAGCAAAGAGGACUUGAACUGCCAGGAGGAGGAGGACCCAAUGAACAAGCUCAAGGGCCAGAAGAUCGUGUCCUGCCGCAUCUGCAAGGGCGACCACUGGACCACCCGCUGCCCCUACAAGGACACCCUGGGGCCCAUGCAGAAGGAGCUGGCCGAGCAGCUGGGCCUGUCCACUGGGGAAAAGGAGAAGCUUCCUGGAGAGCUGGAGCCAGUGCAGGCAGCCCAGAGCAAGACCGGGAAGUAUGUGCCGCCCAGCCUGCGGGACGGGGCUAGCCGCCGUGGGGAGUCGAUGCAGCCCAACCGCCGAGCUGAUGACAACGCCACCAUCCGCGUCACCAACCUGUCGGAGGACACCCGGGAAACUGACCUGCAGGAGCUCUUCCGGCCCUUUGGCUCCAUCUCCCGCAUCUACCUGGCCAAGGACAAGACCACCGGCCAGUCCAAGGGCUUCGCCUUCAUCAGCUUCCACCGCAGGGAGGACGCGGCCCGUGCCAUCGCGGGGGUGUCUGGCUUCGGCUACGACCACCUCAUCCUCAACGUGGAGUGGGCCAAGCCGUCCACCAACUGAUGCACUGCCCCGCCGGAUCCUGGGUGACAAAGCCUGUUGGAGCCAGGUCGCCAAGGGCAGUAAAGAAGGCACAAAGCA